CAGAGUUUGGGGAGGAUUGAACCAGAGGAGGAAGGAGGCUGAGCUUAGCAAGCGAGGAGGAAGGCUACUCUGUUGCCUUUGGGGCUGGGGAGGGAGAGAGGAAGGAAGGAAGGAGAAAGGAAGGAAGAAAGAAAGAAGGGAAGGCUCCCAGAGGGGAGCACAGAGGACUGCCCUCUCUCUCCUCAGCCCCAAAUGGCGGAGGGGUUUUGGGGAGGGAAGGGCUGAUGGAGAGGAGCCCACUCCCUGGCUAACUUCACCAUGGCUGCCCAGUCAAGCUUGUACAAUGAAGAGAGGAAUUUGCUCCGCAUCCAAGCAAAAGAGAGGAGGAACCAGGAAGCUCACCAGGAAAGAGAGACGUUCCCUGCAGCUAUUCCCCUCUUUGAAAAACCUUACAAGAUUAACAAAGCAGAUGAACUGUCUAGCAGAAUUCAAAAAAUGUUUGGCGAUUAUGAAGAGAUGAAGGAACUCAUUGCUGCAAGGUCCCAGCAGAAUUACAUAGGGAUCCCAGAGAGUGUCAUGUCUCUGAUCCCUCCGCACAAACCAGAUCGUCCACUCUUCCCCGGAAAGACCAGCAGCACACUACCCCCUUCAUUCCAGAACAACUAUCAUCACAAGCCUUUGGGACCUCUCCCUUCCAGUGCUCCCUCAGCAGGAAAUUCUGUGCACUACCAAAAAGCCCACUCGAGGAUUGACUCAGUCUCACAAAGUAGUGGGAUGUCCAGCCAUCAGAGGCAAAGUCAGGAGCUGAGCUGCAAGACUCAAGAAGUCCAAAGUAGCAGGCGCCAGCAGAAAAGCGAAAAAUGCAUUGAAGAAGAUAUUGCACGUGAGGUGCAAGCCUCCCUUUUGGAACUUUCUCCCCUGCUGUCCACAUUGUCUUCCCCUAUUGCACCUUUGUCCCCUCUACAUUCCGGCCAACGCAUCAAUUCCAGGCCUCAGAGUAGCAGCAACAACAAAAAACCUGGACAGAAUAGCUCCCCUCCUCAGGAGCUGGUGGCUGGAACAUGUGAUAAAGAAACCCAGGACAGUGUGAGUGCUCCUGUAGCUGUUGCUGCCCAACCUUCCACCCAGACAUUUCCCUCGUCCUUGUCCUCCAAAACCAGUGCAAUACAGCAGAAACCGACUGCCUACGUCCGGCCAAUGGAUGGUCAAGAUCAGGCACCAGAUGAGUCUCCAGAGCUCAAGCCUCUACCCAAGGAAUAUCAUGAAUCAUCCUAUGGGAAAAUAACUAGUUUAAAAGCAAACACCAAGACCAACUUACCCAAACUGAAAAUACCUGCUGAACCAGUUGAGCAAUCUUUCUCCAAUGAAGUCCAUUGUGUUGAAGAAAUUUUAAAGGAAAUGACCCAUUCAUGGCCACCUCCUUUGACAGCCAUCCAUACACCUAGCACAGCUGAGCCUUCAAAGUUUCCUUUUCCUGCAAAGGAAACCCAGCAUGGUGGAUCAGAUAUACAGAGCCAGAAGCAAUAUGAUGCACCUUCUAAGACGCUGUCUGCCUCUCAGCAAGGGACAUCAACACUGCUUGAGGAUCUACAGCUCAGUGACAGUGAAGAUGGUGAUGAUGACCAAGUCAGUGUUUCCGAUAAGCCAUCUUCCGCUUCAACCCCUCCAAGUGUCCCACCAUCGCAGCCUGAAAGUGUGGCAUUGGCACAUUCCAGCAGUCCAGAGUCGGGGAGCACAAGCGAUUCAGACAGUUCCUCUGACUCUGAGAGUGAGAGCAGCUCUAGUGACAGUGAAGCAAAUGAUCCUCCAACAAGAGCCUCCACACCUGAGCCUGAUCCACAAGCAUCUACCAGAUGGCAGCUGAAAAACUGGCUGAGACCCAAUGAGAGUGUGCUUGAAGAUGACCAUAGCAGGGGAAGUCUCCAGGAGGGCAAAGGGCAAGAGAAAACUUUCAGCUCUGGGAGUUGCAACAGCAGCAAAAGGGAAUGUCCCCCACCAGCAGACAGUCACUCCAAAACUGGCAGCAAAGCUCCUAUUCCUGGCCCAGAGGUACACCUCCCUACCAAGCGGAGCUACCAGAAGCCUCCUGUGCACACGGAGGAGCCCUUCCACCAGACUGUGGGGAGCAAGCAGCCUCGGAAGUCCAUCAAAGCUACGGUACCAGAGGAGCCAAAGAGAGGCUUGACAGUAGAAAGUGAGCCCCCUGGCCCAUAUGGGGCCAAGGACCAGUCUUCCAAAGACAAACCCAAGGUGAAAACAAAAGGGAAGCUCAAGUCUGGUGAGAAGAAAGAGCUCAGACCUACUGCACCGCAGCCUUUGGAAAAGAAGAAGCACAAGAAUUUGAACCCGACCACUGUUCAAUCAUUUUCAGAUCGCAACACUGCAAAGGACAAUGUGGUUGGCAGUGCCUUGGAACAAUUGCCUCUCAGCCCCCUAAAUGAAACCCCCAGGGUUCCUGUCAGCAGCAGAAGUAGCAGCAGCACUAAAGGGUCUGUUGUGGUAAGAGAGGACAUUCACAGAGACAAGUUUCUCUUGCCUGUCAGGGAUAAGAAGUUACUUUCACCCUUAAGGGAUUGCCCAGUCCCUUCUGCACUUGUGGUUAAAAUUGAACUUGCUCUUCUCUCACGGAUCCCACAGCCACCUGGGAAGAUGGCCUGCCCCAAAAGGCCUGAAGGCAGAGACAGCCACAGUAUGAACAAGCAGGAUGCAGACAAGAGGAGUGUGGAUAUGCCAAGCAAGUGUCUCAAAAGGAGGAAGGAAGAUGCUUUGAAAAAUGAUCAGAAAAAAGCCAAGCUGGAUAAAGAAACCAAAUCAUCCUCAUCAUCAGGUCAUAAAGACUCCAGUAAAACCAAGAUUUCAAAGCCAUCUGUAGAGACACAAAGAAAAGAGAUGCCACUGCCUCCACUUCCUCUUUCAUCUCCCAUGCAGCCUGUCCAGAAGCCAGCCAAGAUUGCUCAGAAGAGGCCAAAGGGUGAAAGCGGUGCCUGCAGCCAGCCUUCUGAACCCAUUCUCAGCACUGCCAAGAGCAAGGAAAGCCACAAAGAUUUGUCAUCCUCCAAGCACAGGAGACUGGAGGGGAAGCCUUCCGAAAGCUCAAAAAGCAACAAAGGAUCUGCAGAGGAUGUUCCAAACCCUUUCCCAGUGCCUUCUUUGCCAAAUGGUACCUCCAAGCCAACAAAACCUCAAAGCAAGCCGCACAAACUCAAUCCAGUGGAAUUUUACAUAAAGGAGGCCAAAAGGUUGAAGCACAAAGCAGAUGCAAUGACAGAUAAAGUUGGGAAGGCCUUCAAGUACUUGGAUGCUGCCUUGUGUUUCAUUGAGAGUGGCAUUGCAAUGGAGUCAGAUCCCUUCUCACCAAAGCCAGCCUACAGCAUGUUUGCAGAGACCAUAGAACUCAUCAAAUUCAUAAUGGCAUUCAAAUCCUUUGCGGACCCUUCAACAACCACGCCUGAAAAAAUCUUCAUUGUGUUUUGCAUGCGCUGCCAAGCCAUUCUGUACAUGGCCAUGUUUCGCUACAAAAAGGAUACAGCAAUAAAGUAUUCCCGGACCCUUAAUGAACACUUCAAGAGUUCUUCGAAAAUUACACAAGCACCUUCUCCGUGUGUCGCAAGGAGCACUGGCACACCUUCUCCUCUUUCCCCGACACCCUCUCCAGCCGGCUCUGUAAGCUCCCAGACAGGCUCCAGUGCCAGCAGCUGUGGAAGUGGUGGCAUUGGUGCUUCCAUCAAUGUUCCUCAUUAUAUCCCAACCAUCACCUCUUCCUUUGUCAACAUCACUUCUUAUAUUCUCUAUGCCUAUGAUCUCUGGGAACAAGCUGAUGUUUUGGCCAGGAGGAAUAAGAAAUUUUUUUCUGAGCUCAAUGCUGCCGCCUGCAAUCUCUCAUUGAACAGCAGUAUGAUCGAACUUGUGCACUACACCCGGCAGGGUCUGCAGUGGCUGAGACUGGAACCAAAUACGCCUUAAUGGGUGCUUUGAGGUGAGAACCUUGCCUUGGACUCUCUUGCACUUUGAAUGCCUCAGAAACAGCCUCAUUGGUGGACUUGAUGAAUUCAGAAAAAGCACCUGGAACAAGGUUGGAUGAAGCAUGAUGGUAGAGAUCUGGCACCACUGGAAAACUUUUUAAGGACUACAUUUCUCUGGUGCCAAGUGGAGAAGAGGCCUCAAAGUGGAGGAUGCCUUUCUUUCAAUGGACAAAGUGCAAUUUUCUCUUUUUAUUUUUGUUUUCUUUCCCAACCCCUUCAUAGUUUCAUUGUGUCAAUGGUCUAUAAACAUUUCUACAAAUAAAUAACCAGCAAGAUAAAAACAAAAGAAAAAAACACCAAUCCACAUGAAGAAGUGCUGAUGAGAAAGAAAUCUGCCUCCCAAAGAAUUAUCUGCAACGCCUCAUACUGAUGUGAAGAUGUUUGUGGGCCCAGCACACAAUUUCCCACCACUGCACACUUUUUUUUUCCCUUUCAUGCAAAACCAAAAAAGGAAGAAGCAAUUUGUCAUAUGCAUUCUGGUUGCAGGAUGGGAUGAACAGAGAAAUCGGGAGCAAGGGAGGGGAAUUCUUCAGCAGCAAGCCUUCUGUUUCAAUGCAAACUGCCUCUUCCCCUCUUUUCUUGGCUUUUAAAUUCAAAAUGGCAAAACUACCUUCCUGUCUCCCCACCUGCUAUCUGUAGCCUUUUGUUGCACUACUAAUACCCUUUCCCUUGCUGGUUGGUGUGUGGCCCAUGAUAAGCUACCAGGCAUUCUAGCUGAUCUCCUCCCACCUGCCAAUCCCGCCAUUUUACUUAUUCCAUGUGGUGGCCACAGUGCACUAGUCUCAGCUGUCAUGUUUUCUUGUGAUAUUGCACGUUCUUGGGGACAAAGUUCAUAAAGAAAACAGGAAAGCUGGGCUGCAUGCCAGAAGCCAUGGUGAGCAGAGGAUGUAUAGUGUAGGUGAUGUUCACCCCUCUCCCAGUGGACUGGCAACUUGCAGUGUGGGCUACCUGACCCCAUAACCUGAGUUGAUACUGCACUAAUGAAUUGAACUGGAAUUGCUUGCAAGCUGCUGGCAUUAAGUACUUCAAAAAUGCUGUUCUGUUAGUUUUCCCUUGGUCCAUUCAAUGGACACACUCCACUCACAAAAUGUUUCAGCAAAUGGUUUUAGUCCAACCUUAUAAAGCAAGCACAGAUAAGGGUUGCAGGGUGUGUGUGUCUUUCCACAGGAAACUCUCUAAGAAAUUCCUUUAUAUUUGGAAGAAGGAGGGCUGAGCAACCAGAAAGGCCAAUACUAGCUGUACAGAUGUGAUUUUCCAUUUUGGAUCCUUAAGAUGGGAGAAAUGUUGCAGUGUACGACUCUGGUCCAUUUCCUCUGAAAUGGCAGGGCCAAGUGUUUGCCUUUGACUGACACUGCACUAGUUUCUAUUUAUCCUGACCAUAGGAUUUGGUAUGAUACCUUCCUUUUAAAACAUUUCCAUUUCCCCAAACACAAUUUCCAUUGGUUUUGGAUUCCGCCUCUAGAGAUCCAAAUUAAAGAAUCAUCCAUUUUGUCAAACUGUUUCCUCCUUGUAUAGAUUGUAGAAUUCUCAACUGAAGAGUGUGCCUUGAGGACUGCUACAUACUAUAGCUGUCUUUUGACCCUUAUUUAGUGUAAUGCUUGUUAAAUUUUUGUUCCCUUCUCUCAGUGGUGCCUUACAACUCCUAUUUGCUUCUGUCUUCAGCUGACCAGUCAAGACAGAUCAGUGGGAACAUCUUCCAAAUAAAUUGUUCUUGAGCGUGGUACUAGAUUUUUGUUUUUGGCUGACUCCUAGUGUCAAGUCAGUCAUUCCUAUGCUUGUCCCAUAUAAGAAUAGAAUUGCCUUUUGUAUGGGGUAGAAGAUGUGCUCCUGUUUAGAAGGCUCUGUUCUGUACCGCUGAGGAUUGCUAAAAUGCCAGUAAUUCUCAUGGCUCCUGCAAUUCUAAAAGGUUCGCCUUAGGCUAUUUUCCUCAUCUCAAGGUGAAUUAUUCUUAGAUUUUAGCAUGAGACCAGCAUAAGGAAGCAGUUCUUACAGAUUGUCUUGGGAAACAUUAAAGCCUUAGCCAAUUUCAGCUAUAAGGUGUAGGACACCUAAAGUAGAUUCUAUAUUUUCCUCUUUGUUUCUUUUUUAUAUGUCAAGUGUUCCAAAAUUUCAUUCUGUUUUUCCCUUAUGCUGCAAUAAAUUUACAUCAGGAAUAAUAGCUAGAAAGACAGGAUGAAAGAGGGAAGAGAAAGAACAAUUUCUGCUUUUUUACAUCUGUUGGGUAAGGAGAUGGAUCUUCUCUGGUAUAUCCAUUCAUAUCCAGUUGGAAACAGUAACUUGUAUUUUAAAUCAGAAUAACUAAACAUUUAUUUAGUCAUAAAGAGUGGGGGGAAGAGCACAUCAGGAUGCUGGUCAUUCUGCAUUGCUGAGUUUUUGUCUGCCUUUUCUUGGUCAAAAUUGCAGCAUCAGGAUGGGAGAGAAGGACACUUGCUUCCAGGAGUCUUAGUACAGUCUCCAGAGUUGAAUGUUUCCAAGCUCCUAAGCCUAAGAAGCAGGCUAAUACUAAAUCUGCUUUUACUUUUAACUUGCAAAUCAUGUUUGCUGCUUCUCCCAGCCAACUGACCUCUGUAGUCUCAGGACUGUCCCUGUCCUCCCCACCCUGUUCACCUUGUUGCUGCUUUUACACUGUUAAAAUAUACAUUUAAAUUAACAAUCUCCAGUUGGCAAGGGACCCACUUUAACCUGCGUGCUGAGCACUUUAUCCAAGAGAAUGAUCUGUGAUGCUCCCUCUCCUAGCCAUUAUCUGCUCCCAAACAUGACUAAGCUUGUUCAAAUAGCAACCUUUGUGUCAGUGCUGGUUUUAUAUCCCUGUUGGGUGAUGCAAAAAUGAGCAUAGCCUAUGGGCUUCUCCUGAAACAAAGGGAAAAAAACCGAAACAAACUUAUUUGGGUCAUGUCCAGGAUGGCAAACCAAUUGGAGCACAGGUUCCCUCUUCAUUUUUGCAGGAGUUCAAUGAUCAUGUGGACAGCCUACUCCUGUACAUUCUGCCUUUUCUUUUUAUUUCAUGUGCAAUUGCAAGGGAGAGGUUGAUCUAUAUAUGGAUGAAAUUCAGGAAGCUCGUAUCCUCUUCUGGCAUUUCUUCCUUUUUCAGUUUAUAUAAUGAAAGACCAGCUGAAUGAGUGAUCAGAGAAAAAACACAACGUGAUCACUAAUCUGGUACUUGAAACUGAUAGAACUUCCACUAAUUCUGAGCAGGGGUUGGGAGCUUUCUAUCUGAGGAGCAAGAAACAAAUUGUUUUGCCAUUUUAAACACAGGUCACUGGAGCUGAACACUCAAAGCAGCCUCCUUUCCCAGAUAUUUAUUUAGAUUAAUGUAUUUAAAUUGUCAAUGUUCUAUAUGUCUAAGAUGCCAUUAUUUAAUGAUUUUUUCAAGUUCCAUUGACACUGGAGAUAUGGGCUGAAAGCUAAAUUGAAGACAAUUUAAUUAUUAAAGGGCAAUUUCCCCCCUCCCCUCCCCCUCUGUUUACUUGGUUUCUUUAUAAAAAUCUGUACAUUUAAAUUUAUUAUGGGGUGUUGUGUCUCCAUCUUGUAAAUAACAUUUUUCUGCCCUGUAUAUUGGUGGUAUUUCCAGGUUGAUUUGUUUAAUUCAUGUGGGGUAAUAAAAUAUGAAAUGAAACAGC